AUGAGUGCAGUGGUUGCAAAUGCUAUUGUUCAACUAGCAUUUGGUUACACAACACUUACUGUUGACUUAACUUCUCUCAUCGAGAGUCAAACUGAAUCAGAGCUUUCAGAAAGAAUCUUUGGAGUCGUUAGAUUUUUUGAGCUUAAUACUGCUUCAGCAAGGCAAGUUGAACUGCAUUCUGAGAAGAGAAUGGGGUAUUUGCAGUCGUCUCUUCCAAUGAGAUAUUGGAAAUCACUUGGUCAGGGCUUCUCCCAACUAAUUACGCUAGGUGGUCAAGAAAGUGAGACCAACUCCCAUGCGGCACAUGUCAAUGGUGAUGCUGAUCACAAAAGUAAGUCAGAUGCUAACAAGUUAUAG